UGAGGAAAACAUGAGAUCAUUUUUCAUUCUUCCUCUUCGUUCAGCAGACAUCAGUUUGCAAUUAUCAUAUAUUAGUCCACUUCCAUAAUUAGAGAUCAUAUUUGAGCAUUCUUCUACUUAUAAUUCCCCUUUAAGUUAUCAUGGCUCAUUUUGUUUACCCACAUUUCCAUGUUCCUGACGUAAUUGUAUAUUUGUUCAAUCUCAUCUUCAGAUUCAUCAAUGGAAAGGAGUGCAUCUUCAAACUGACUGGCUUCCUUAGCAGCCUAUCAGCUUUCAUGUUUGAAAUAGUCAUUGCAAGCUACCCAUAUUGGCGCCUGUGGGAAUUCAACAACAGCACUGUACAGUUUGUGUCCUUUGGACUCUGGGAAGCUCAUUACUCUCAAGAGUUUAAUAUCUCAGGAACCAUAACCAAGGUGAUGGUCCAUAUCCCUAUCAAUUCCACCUGGAUCAUUUCACCUGAAUUUCAGUAUGCACAGAAUCUGAUAAUAUGGGCUAUUUUGAUGAAGCCUAUAGUUCUGGUUUUCAGUGCAAUGGCAAUUAAGAUCAGCUGCAUGAAAAAACCAGUAGUUGAGAUGCAGAUAUACUGCUACAAGUUUGCUGCCUUAGUUUUGUGUAUUAGCAGCCUCUUCACAUUUGUUUCCGUGAGCUGGAACCAGUUUGCAGAUCAUUACGGUCAAACCAUUCUUGAAUUUCCACCUGAAUUUCCUGUUGAAAAAGAAGCCUUGAUAAGCAAACACUAUACUGCUGUGUUCCCAUUAGCAGUCCUGACAGCCACCAUGUCACUCUUUGGUGUGAUCAUCUUUCUUUCUGAGAUAAGCUCUUUGAAACUAGACAGUCAGAUGAAAACCAAGUGUACUUUCAAAGUUACCAAACAAGAGUUCUGAAGUGAAGGCUACAGCAUUUGCAACAUCUGUGUGAAGAUUGAUAAAAGAAAUUUCCUAUUCUCACACCAAAUUUAUGUAGUCAUCAACUCAUUCUAAA